AUGAAUGAACGACAGUUAAUAUUUGAAUCAGUUUUACCAAGUGAACUUGAUCCAUCUAGAUUUUCAAAACCAGUUAUUGAUGGAGUUGAACAACCUUUAACAAUUACAUUGAUAGCUGGCGAUAAUGUAGUUCAACAGCCAGUAGAAAAGAAACUAGCAGCAUCAAUAGAAGAUGAUUUUGACGACGAUGAAUUAGUUGCGUUUGCUGAAAAUCUUGAAAAUAUUCCACCAGAAAUUCUGCUAAAAGAAGAGAAACAAAAAAAAGAUCGACCAAACAAUCCAUUAUUUAAAUAUCGUCGUGGUGUUCUUUCAGUUUCUGAUCUGUCUGCACAAAUUUGGUGUGAACAACAAUUAACAUAUAAAUUUCUUUAUCCAUUUAUUCUUAAUGAUGAUGGAGAAAUAAAACGUGUUGACGAUAAGCCACAUAUGUUACGUGGAACAUCAUUACAUUUAGAACGAGAAUUAGAAAUUCAAAUAAAAGUUACUAUCGAAUGUAAAACACGCGAAGAUUCCUAUGGUGUGCGUUUAUUGAAUAUGAUUCAAGGUAUACAUGGAUUAUUAACAUGGAAUAAACCCAAUGAACGUUAUAUUACACGUGAAAUGCCUAUUUUCGGAAAUAUGUAUGGUGGUAAAUUAUAUUUUCGUGGUAUAAUUGAUGAAAUUAAUUUUGAUCCACGUACAAAUCAAUUGGAAGUUGUUGAAUUUAAAACACGUGCAUCGAGAACAGCCCCAAAAGCUCAACAAACGUAUACACAUGAAAUUCAAGUUAAUAUCUAUAGAACAUUACUUGAUGAACUUAUACAAGGACAAGUUGAUAAAUCACUUUAUUUUCAACGUUUUAAUCUCGAAUCAACUAUGUUGUUAUCUGAUUCUGUCAAGAAUGAAUAUAAUCAACGCGGUUUUACAAAUGUUGAAACACUUGAAAAUGCUUUUGAUUUAUUAGUUAAAUUAUCUUUUCAAAUGCCAACGAUUACAACAAAUGGUGCAAUUGAAUAUAUUCUUCAAUCUGAUAAAACAUGGAAACAUCGAAAGGAAUUUGAACGUGAUGAACGCCAUCUUGAAGAAUUACUUAUUAAAAGUGAACCCUAUUGGCUUUCUAAACGUCAACCUCAAGGUGUCGAUAUUGAAGAUGCUUAUAAAUGUCAAUGGUGUGAUUAUAAAGAUAUUUGUACAUGGCGUGAAGAAAAAUCAAACGAAUUUUCAAGAAAAAAAAGACGAUUAAAUUAA